AUGAAAGCAAAACAACAAAGAGUAGACGGGGCAUUAAUACUUUCUAAACCCACGCAAUUAAACUACACAGUGAUUUACAUGCUAUGUGUGCUGACUAUAUGUAUAGAAAGCGCCUUGUGCAAGAUUUCAUAUACAACUGCAUAUAUGAAAACGUCAUAUGAAGUAAAAAAAGCCCCAAUAGAAAGAAUAUUAACCGACUCUAUCUGCUAUCCUGAGCACAAAAACCCAUCGUACAGCACAAUUGACGGGCUGCUAGAUGAAAAGGUGAUGGAAAAAGAAGCACAUAUAACAAGAAAGAAUAAAACCAACAAGUUUAGUCUAUGCUUGCUAGCACACAGACGAGUGUAUAAGCACAGAAUAUCUUCUUUCUUAGAAAAGACUCAGCACUUUUCAAUUGAGAUGCCAAGCAAUCCAACAAAUUCAGACAUUCAGCUAUUCUUCAAAAUACUUGACUAUAUUAGCACAAGAAAUAUAGGAUUAUCUCAAUUAAAGAUAAAAAACAUAGAUUUUGUGCCUAUGGGAAAGUACAUCACAGCAUACAAUCCUCCAGAUGGCGAGGUGAAAAUUUACAAUUUACUAGCUUUAAAUGGAAAAGACAUUAAUCAUUUCACUCCACUGCAUCUGGCUAAAAACGUCUAUAUAACAUACAAAGAAAACAGUGAUAAUAUAAAGCCAAAACAAGACAUUAAAGAUAUAAAUGAUUUAUUUAAUUAUUUCAACUAUGAGAAAGAGUCUCUUAUAAGCCUGGGGCAUGACAUGCACAGAAGAAAGUUACAGAACUGCAGAACGAAUUUCCAUAUCAAUUGUGUUUUUUCUCCUGUAACCAACGCUAUAGUAAAAAAUAAGAUUGCAGAAAACAUGAAUAUGAUGAUUCAGAUCUUGUACAUAAACUUCUACGAUUAUGAGAAAUACAUAUCAUAUGCGCUUUCUAUGGGCGAAAAACAUAAUGUUUCGGAGCUGGCGGUUGUAAUACCGAAAAGCGCUGCCUCUGAUCCAAAGCUUGGCUCUUUGUAUGAUUUAAAGAAGCUUAAGCACAUGUUCUAUAAAAACAUGCUCAGCGCGUUUAAUUCAGAACUGCAGGAGAAGUUCAAAGAAAAAAAGAAAGACGGCAUAUUCUACACUAAAAGCAUGUGUGAAAACAAUCCAGAGCUAAGAUACAGCUUUCUGUUGAAUCUUCCAAAAAACAUAUUCCUGCUUACAUUUGAUUUAGAACAAGGGCAGCAGGCUGAAGACAUAGAGUUUAUUUUUAACAUGUUUAGCGAAAUUCAAAAAAGCGGCAGCCCAGUUAAUUUUAUUUUAUCCUAUUCUAGUGAUCCUCAUAGCAUACAAGAUCGAAUAGUAUCAAUUUUAAGACUAUUUUCAGCAUUCAAAAAGGAGGGAGUUGAGAUGCCGAAUCAAUUGCUUCUGAUAGUGACUUCUGACAACUAUGAAAAUCUCCAAUACCUCAUUCCAUGGAAUCUUUUUUUUCUAGUUAUGCUAAAUACUAAAGAUAAAGAAGAAAUACUUAAAAGAUUAGAGGCCCACACAAGUUUGAAAAACAUUGAUAUAUAUAACCAGAAAGAUAAAUUAAUCUGCAUAUUUAAUACCACUGUUGGAAGUAAUUAA